AUGGAUGGCCCGAAGGCACAUUUUGUGCAAACAAACAAGAAGAUCGGGCCAGAGUCACGCCAAGUACUCUUUCAGUCUUUCGAGAACAUGGAUAAGAACAACGUAUCCUUGGUUCCUUACGGACAUGGUUUGGUUGAAGUAAUCAUCCGCGCUUUCCAGCAAGACCUCCACCUUACGCUGCGCCCUGACGACGUAUGGCUUUCCAUCAUGGGUCAAUUCAGCUUCUAUGUAAACGGCCAUGCUGAAGAAAUGAGGCGAUUCUUCGUGACUCAUGAAGGCAAAAAGCAGCUCGUUGUAGACACGGGGCUGAUGAGCCCUCUGUCCGUCGACUUCGACACACUUGCACGAGCAUUUACCGACCUGAUACAAGAGAAUGUAACCGACCCCGACCUCAAGUCUUGGAUGCUGCCAAACUUUUCAACCACAACCACCGAGGAUGUGACCACAACCGCAAUUAUCAUGAUGGCAACUGUAAAAUCUUACUUCGAAUGUAUUGGAAGGGGUGGAUGCGGGUUUCCAAGCGUUACCCUGCUUGGAGAGAGAGCGGAUUGGGUCAAUCUUCUGGGAAAAGUUGCAAAGAUCGCUACCUAUGGCGAGGAACUUUCAGCCUGGAGCACAAUCCUUACCAAGGUGAUGGAGAAAAUGGUUGAAACAUUCGACAAGCCAGACUCACGGACGACCAAAGAUUUUUGGAUGAGGGCGGCGCAUCACAACGGAUCAGAUGGUUCCGGUACAGUAGGGUUACCUUCCGGAUGGAUCACCGCUUUUUGCUAUUGGGAUGCCAAGGGUGAGAAGAUUUACCAGUUUCGCGAUGUUGAAGGACAGGAAGCGAAUUGGAGGCGAUUCAUCAUUGACGAUGUCUGUUUCCCCAUCAUUCGUGCUUCGGCUGUUCCAAGAGCAGUGGCCGAAGUUCCAGUUAUAUUUUUGGACUAUGCAGAUUUCAACCGCUAUGAAACGACUGCGAUAGCUGGGUUUGUGGGAGCAAAAUCGUCCGCAAGCAAAGACGGAGACCAGCAUGAUACCUUUCAACCCCAAUCGGGCUAUUGGGUAUUGGUAGACAAGGUUGAGCCGAUUGUUUGA